AAGUGGCGUUUAUUUCUCGUUGGUUUUGAUUGGGUCACAUGGAUUAGCAAAGGCGGGUCUUGAUUAAGCGGGUUUAGGGCGCCACCUGAAGUUCAAGCUCAUAAAUGAAUGAACGUUGUUUCGUCUUUUGAGCUUGUAAGAGAAAGAACAAAACUUGUUUAUGUAAUCAUGUCGAACAGCACUCGAAGUUUUCCCGAAAUCUCUUAUGUUAUCGGCCGAUGUGACUCGACACAGACUAGUUCAAUUGCAGAUCAGCUAAGAGCAGUGAAGGACGGAGAAGCCUGUACUCUAAUAGACUUUAGGAAUUGCAGUGUUCUACAAUGCAUGACAUGCAACACAGUGCUUGGAGACUCUCUCGGCAUCUGUGGGGAAGUCCCGAGCCUCCAGAGUAUCAUUUGUUUGACACCAAAGACCAAACACGUGGAUGACUGUUGUGAUGAUAACCACUGCAUAUUAAUCUUUCCCUCUGAAGAAGUUACUGAGGAUGUGAGGGUACACAAAAAGUUGGAGAUGAGUUUGAUUGGUAAACUGGCUUUCUCCACCCACCAAGUCCUUGACUGUGCUGGUUGCCAUAGUGCCAUUGGCCUUGUUCUUCACUCCACCCCAGAGCACCUGUCUGCUUUACAAAACCUCUUCCUUUUACGAAAAGAGCUCAUAAACUGCUACAUGCUAAGAAGUGGUGCAUGUGUUAAAGCCUCCAAAAUCAACUUCAAACACAGACUAAUGGACAAAAAUAUUAAAGAGCUGGAGCAGGAUUUAGAAGCUCAGCUGAAGCAGGUGAAGAUUCUGGAAGGAAUGAUGGAAAAAAUGUACACAAGCAAUGUAAGCUAAAGCAGUGCCAGGCAAGGAAUAUGUAGUGGCUUUGUUAUAACUGCUGAAAUAGUGUGUAUUUAUAUUUUUGUAUUAUGUAUUGAAUUACAAUGUCAUUCUUUGAAAAUGUUUAAAAUGAGUGAAAUACUAA